UGUGAGUUUACUUUAUGUAAAGCUCACAAAGUGUUAAGACGUCCCAGUUAGAUUGUUAAGAGACUGGUAUUUUUUAUUGUAAUUUCGUAUCGUAUUGUACAAGUUUUCUUUUAUUAUAAAUUAUUUUAUCUCUAAACUUUCGAUUUUCAAUAAACAAAACAAAAAUGUUGCACACUGUCCGAAAUAAUGCUGAUUUUGAUAGACAAUUGUCGGCCGCUGGCGGCCGUUUGGUGGUUGUCGAUUUCACGGCUAGCUGGUGUGGUCCCUGCAAGAGUAUUGAACCCAAAGUCAGAGCGCUAUCGCGUAAAUAUAAGGACAAAGCAGUGGUGCUGAAAGUGGACGUGGAUAAGUGUAGCAAUGUGGCGCAUGACUAUAGAGUAUCUUGUAUGCCCACAUUUGUAUUUAUAAGAAAUGGACGUAGGAUCGAUCGUUUUUCAGGAGCUGAUGAAAUGGAGUUGGAGUAUAAAAUGUCAAAAAUGGCUAAAGCUAAGUGAGACAAAUGUUUAUAAUGUAUGUGAAAACUAAAAAAAAUGAAAUUUUAAAUAUUUAUAACAACAUAUUAUUGUAAUUUUAAAAGAAUGUAAAAUGCAUCUGGUAUGACAUUAAAAAUUUAACGAAACAUUGUAAAACCAUUAUAUUUAUAUGAUAAAUUGAUAAAUAAAAAUGACAAUGAGAUAAAUAA